CUCUUUACUAGAUGAACGUAAUACUUUGCCUACCUUCUUUACUUAUAAGUUUUAACAAUAUAUAGGCGCAAUAUCAAAGGUGAUAGCGCGAAAAUUGAAAGCUUCUUCCGAUCAAAAUAAUGUACAUAAUUUUAUUUAUGGUGCAAUUUCUUAUAAAACUUUCACUAAGGUCCCCACUCUGAGAUAAUGUUUAAUAGGUAAUAAUUUUUAAACUUCACCUCUUAGAAAUUUGGUCAAAGUCAUUAUGCCAUCCGGUCAUCAUUGAUUUUCGUUUGUAGGAAAAAUGGAAAGGAAGAGUAGAUGAAUGUGAUAAGGGCGCCGACAUAAAAAGAAAAAAAAAGAAGCGAAAUGAUCGAUUGUGAGUGCAAAAGACGUUUUUAACUCGACUAUUAUCAUACGAUGAUCGAGGGAUGUCUCACCAAUUUCACUCUGCAAGGUCACUCUUUGUUUAUCUUUCGCGUGUCUCUCUCUAUGAUGAGAGUCCUCGCUAUACUGCAUUUAUUGCAUAAUUUCCCUGAAGGUGCGGAUGCUGGUUUUUGCUCUGUGAUCGCGAUCGAUGAACCCUCACGAUCACGGAAUCAUCAAUUCAAUCGCGCAAGGAGACUCCCAUGGCAUUGCAAUCAUCCAACUAAUGAAGUAUUAAUUCAACACAUAAAUUUUCAUCUUUUUCUUUUUUACUAAAUUACUGAUCGAGUUCUUAUUGCUUUUCUACUUCACUCAAAAAAAAGUAGGUAGGUAUAGAAUUUAUUUUCUCCAGUAGAUUUACAAUGGCACUUCAGCGAAUUGUUUUAAUUUUGCAGAAAACUUAGAGACGAUCUUUUAUAACAGGAAAGUACUCUAGAAAAUAUUACAGUACAUAAAUGUUUGAUUCUGGAACUACAGACAUUUCUGUCUUUGAAAAUAUUAUAUCGAUAUAGGUAUUAAAGAAAUGUUCCAGGUAUUUAAAUUUUUUGUAAAAGCAUUCACUGGGCUUUACCAAACUUUGAAUUUAUGUUCUCGGAAGAUUUUUCUUGACAAUGUUGCCAAUUGGAUUUUUUAAAUCAUCUCAGAAUAAAAUCUAUUUAACAUUUCGUGAUAAAUUCUACAUCUAAAUGUGUAGGUAUAGUAAACUUCAAUACAUACAAUCAAUAGCUUCAAGUUCGUUUAAAGAAAAUUUGGAAAAAGACAAAAUAAUUUUUUUUCAUUACAGAGACGAAAUGUUUUGUAAAAAAACAUAGUGAAUAUAGGUAAUACAGAGCGUGUUUAAGAUCUAAAAAAAAAUGGAUGAUUGAUUUUUUAAAAAUCUUUUUUUUAAUAUACUUAUCCAUUUUUCUUUUUCAUCACCAAACCAAGUGAAUUGAGUCUAUAUGGAUCACAAUUAAUUUCAAGAAAUAUAAUUUGUAUGCAUGAUUAGUUGGAGAAAACAGAAAUUUAUGGUAUUGGUGGGUAAUAGACAGAGAGACAUUCCAUUUGAUGCUUAUUAAUUGUGAUAUUUCCCAUUCAUAUGAUAUGCAAUUUGAUCACUCUUUUGAUCACCUCGUAUAUACUCAAGCGUGGAUCACCUGGUACAGAGAUCGCGGCACUAGGUGGCGGGAUACACGUUGAGGUGAAUACCGCGUGAUCGCGAUCACCACAACGAUUGCAGCCACGCGCAGCUUAAAGAAUAUUUUGUUAGUUUGUUGGGAGAAGUUAUUGAGUAAAGUCGCAGCGUGUGAUGAUCACAUUUUAACUACAUAUAGCUCAAUACUUUACAAGUGCAAUAGAUGAUCUUUGGACAAUCUUUGAGUGAUCAACAAGUUAUAAUUACAAUAUUCAAGUGAUCCUCGAUUUUUUUUUAAAGUUGUGUACAAAUAAAUAAAAAUUAUUUGUGUUAAAAAAAAUAAUAGAAAAAAAACUUAUAGCUGCAAGUGUGGUUUUUGGAUAUUAUUUCUCGUGGAUUUUUAAAUAAAGUGAGACCACGGACGAAAUAAGGAGGCGACAGAUGGCGCCUAGCGCCGGGAAGAGUGUCCCUGGCACUCAACCUCUCAAGAGAUCUGUAUCACAGGAUAUGUCUUCGGAGAUUUUAAUUGGAUGGCCACCUAAUAAUGGAUUAAAGGAUAAUCAGAGACCACCAGUUUACAAUCCCGAGGACUACGUUCAAUCACUCAAGAAGUACAGUCGUCGUCCCAAUGGUGGGGCUUCGAGAUCAAUUUAUGACAAUUCCGAGGAUAAACCCAAUGAUACUAUACGAUCUAAUACAUUGCCAGCAUCAGCCUUGCGAAAAGGAGAGUACAAAAGCCCUAUUCCCACAUCAGAAACAGAUAGUGAGAUGACAUUAAGGCAAUUUGGCUCUAUUACGGAUCUUCUAACAAAAUUACGAGCUGAUCUAAGGGCAGCUUUUCCCAGUUUCGUGCAAGAAUUCGUAAAUAAUCCUUUAGAUGGAGUCAGUCUUCUACUUGAUGUUUUAAGAGCCAUUCAACUUAGCCAAACAAGUACUGCAAGUGGUACUGUCUCAACACCAACUUCUCCAGUACAGAGAAAUACCCAGACUUAUCAAAGAAGAGCACUACUGGAUGAACUGGCUUGUCUUCAAUGCAUUAGCCUUUGUUGUGCACGAACUCAAGAAGCAGGUAUGCGUUUGGGAACAUCACCUAUUGGUCUUCUUCCAUUAGCUGCUGCGGCUACAGGUCAAGGUAUCCGAUCACGCAUACUAGCCCUACAACUUCUAACAACAUCAUGCGAUCGUCUUAAUUCCGGUACAAUGGGUCAUUGUGCGGUAUCUGAGGCUCUUGCAACAUUAAGGCUUCGCUGUGGCGAACCUGUACGCUUCAGAUUACUCGUUGGAAUGCUAAAUAGCGGCGGAGGAAGCGGAGAACUCCAAACGGUUGGGCUGAAUUUCCUAAAUACCUUCCUGGAAAGUAGCGACGGGACGCAGGAGCGAGUUUACAUACAAGCAGAACUCCAUCAAGCUGGACUAGAUCCCGUUGGUAUGAUUAGAAAUCAAGGACAAUCAUCGCCAUGGUUAGAGAAGCUCCGUCUUGAGGUAAGACGAUGGGAAGAUGGAUACAUAGACGUUGAAAAACUUCAGCGACAAGCUAGAGAGGCUGAAAAGAUGCGCAGUCAAGUGGUGAUACUUGAACGACGAGUACAGAUUAUUCAAGAAGAGAAAACUGUCCUCACAUCUAUGGAAAGGCGCCUCCAAGAACGCUGUGCUGAGCUCCAGCGUGAAGUAUUGCGGCAUCAGAAUGCUCAGAAUAGUUCUGGCAGUUCCGGGAGUUCACUUGUUCAAAUAACAUCACAAGGUGAAUUUUUACCAGAAACAUCAAUACUCUCCCAUACUUCCAAAUCUAAAUCAUAUAUUUUUGCAGACAACAAACGCCCUGUUGCUUUACCAAGACAAGUUCCACCAACCUCACCUAAAACCCAAGCAGAAGGUUCAUCGGAGCACGAAGAUGAAGGGAUAAGCAGUUCAGAGACAGGACAGUCAAUGAGCCCUGAGCCACCACGUAUCCUUCCAACCAGUGAAGCCAAACAAACACAAAGUUGUCGAUCAGAGGAUGAAGAUGCAGGAACAACAAUUGAGGAUGUAAUUGAAGAAUUGCAGAAUAUCGUAAGUGAUGCUGAACGCGAUAUGCGACGUGGAGGGACCAAAGAGUGUGAAAUAGUUCCGGUAAACCUCCUGCCGCAGCCUCCGCGGAAGUCACGAUCUCUGGCACAUCUCAUAGCCAACCCCAGUGAUGCUGAAGAAAGUGACUACUUAACCCAACCGCCGAAUGAUGGUAAAGUAACGCCGUACUGCGAAGAGGAAGAUGAAAAUGCCAGUCGAGGAUCUCCGUUCCGCAAUGGGACAAGAUCGGGUUUCGAUACCAGCACAAAUAGAGCUAUUUUGAAUGUCAUAAUGGACGCAAGGGAGCAAGAGGAAGAGAUUCAUCUACGUCGUCAGAGACAACCACCACCGCAACAUUUUAACGGGGUAUUUUUCAUGGGCGAUAUGAGUUCCAAGUUUCCUAAAGUCACUCCAAUUGUUGGAAAAUCCAAGAGUAUGGAUCGAAUGCAAUCGUACGGAUUAGACUCAAUGGUGGACAUUGUAGUACCACCGGAACAGCAGAAAACUCGUCCACCAAUCGCUUGUAGCCUCCAUGCUCCGACGGGUUUCAAAAUAAAAACUGGUCACGUUAAUGCUGGACUCUACUCUGGAUCCCACCUUGUACGUGAAAAUAUGCGUGCACACUCCAAUCAAGGCUCACGCCUAACGGACCUUCCUUCGGGUCUCUACUGAUGUACAACAACAGACGACCCCAAACUACUAUCUCUGUGCAAUAUACAAGCCCAAACAAUUCCUCUGCAAAAUAUUCCAACACGGUGAUGGCCUUCCUACUUUACAACACUUCUAUGCAAGGAAGGAAUAUUUUUGCUCCCAAAAUAAUAGGCUUAAGGAAUAUUAUCAGUGUAGCUUUUAGGACUUUUGAAAUUCUGCUUCAUGCAGAAAUUUCAUUAAGUUAGUUAAUAAUUUGCAUGUUUUGCUUUCUCUAUAAAACCUAAUAAGAAUUUGCGUGUGAGUGUUCUUUCUCGUAUGCAAUUUUUUUUCUCAUUUACAUCACCUAUUUAAGAAUAGAUGUAUCACAUUUUGUUGAAAAAUACACGAUUUAUGAUAAACCCUCAAAAAACCUUGAUUUAUUACUGAUCCUGAUAAUCAAGACGCCAUUUGAUAUUCUACUUAGAAUGUAAGUAUUAUUAUCAGUAUGCAGGUAUUGCUUGUCUGCUGGUUGUAUUUCAUAAAUAUUUUAAACUUUGCGCAGAAUUAGGAUACUUGACGCAAUAUUUAAUUGCAUUCAAACAUUUGAAAUGAUUUAUACCAAGUUUAGGGUUGGCAAAACAAAAGCUUUAAAAGAAAAUCUUUGAAAAUUUUGUGUACCAAUUCCUUAAACUGAAAAUCUCUAAUACUAAUGUAGUAAUAUUAUCUUUGUAUAAUAAUAGAAAAUGAUUCAGAAACAUGAAAACAAUCUUUGAUAAGCCUAUCAGCUUCUUAAGCUAUAGGGAAACUGGGGCAACCCUACCGCAGCGAUAAAAUUAAUUUAGAGACAGAUGGACCAUAUCCGAUCUUUGACUAUCAACUUUAUGUAGGUAGCUCAAAUAAGGCAAAAAAAUCCAAUUUCUUAGAUUUUUUGUCUUUUCUGGUUCUGUGAGUUCUUGGGGAUGUCCUUUUGUGAUCUCGAAAUGUUCAGUGACCAUAAAGACGUAUGUAGUUCAAAAUCAGACAUUUUCAAAAUCGAGCUAAUAUGUCAAAAACGUCCCAUUGGUCUUUAAAUGGUUAAACGUUUUGCGUUAUCUCAUUUUCAUUUUGAUUAAGAAAACUCAAAUAGGGAUGAAUUGAAUCCACUCUACUCUAAAGAUAAGUAAAUGGUAUAUAAAUGCCCCACAGAGCAGCAUUGCUUUAGUCGUACCAUUUCAUUUAUCAAAUAAAAACCGGACUCUCCGUGGAUUAUUUAUCCACGGAGAGUCCAAAAAAACGCUGCAGUAUUAAAAAAAAUCAAUAAAAAAAUAAAAAAAUGAAAAAAAAA